GAUAGUAAACCAGACAUGUGCGUGUGCGUGUGUGUGUGUGUGUGUGUGUGUGAGAGAGAGAGAGAGAGAGAGAGAGAGAGAGGCUGCACGGGACAGGAACACACCGGUCGGACUUGAAAGUUGCGAGGAUGGAGAUCCGUCCGGACCGCUUCAAGGCUCAGGCUGGAAAAACCUUGGGGAAAAUACACAGACUCCUCGAGAAACGGCAGCAAAAUGGCGAGACCAUUGAGUUGUCGGCAGAGGGUCGUCCUGAGCUGGUGGAGGAGAAGGAACUUCCCGUCGUGGACUGCACGUGUUUCGGGAUGCCGCGCCGUUACAUCAUCGCAAUCCUGUCGGGACUGGGAUUCUGCAUUUCCUUCGGCAUCCGCUGUAACCUGGGCGUGGCCAUUGUCAGCAUGGUCAAUGAUCACACCAUUUAUUAUGGGAAAAAACCCGUAAUAGUGGCUGCUCAGUUCACAUGGGAUCCAGAGACGGUGGGGAUGAUUCACGGCUCGUUCUUCUGGGGGUACAUCGUCACGCAAAUCCCUGGGGGAUUCAUCUGUCAAAAAUUUGCUGCAAACAGGGUAUUUGGCUUCGCCAUUGUGGCCACGUCGACCCUAAACAUGCUGAUCCCAGCGGCAGCAAGAGUUCACUACGGGCUUGUUAUCAUGGUCAGGAUAUGCCAAGGGCUUGUGGAGGGUGUGUCAUAUCCUGCCUGCCACGGGAUCUGGGCCAAAUGGGCUCCACCCUUAGAAAGAAGUCGACUGGCUACAACAGCGUUUUGUGGAUCAUAUGCUGGUGCUGUUGUUGCAAUGCCUUUGGCUGGAGUCUUGGUACAGUACACUGGCUGGUCUUCAGUGUUUUAUGUGUAUGGUAGUGUAGGAAUUUUCUGGUAUCUCUUCUGGAUUUUGGUGUCCUAUGAGAGUCCAGCUGCUCACCCGACCAUCACACCGGAAGAGAAGAAAUACAUUGAGGAGGCCAUCGGGGAAACCGCCGGCCUGGUCAACCCCCUUCAGAAAUUCAAGACUCCCUGGCGGCACUUUUUUACCUCUAUGCCUGUGUACGCCAUCAUAGUGGCCAAUUUCUGCAGAAGCUGGACAUUCUACCUGCUCCUCAUCAGCCAGCCUGCCUACUUCGAGGAGGUGUUUGGCUUUGAAAUAAGCAAGGUGGGCAUGGUGUCUGCACUUCCUCAUUUAGUGAUGACCAUCAUAGUACCUAUUGGAGGGCAACUAGCCGAUUACCUGAGAACGCACAAUUUAAUGUCCACAACCAAUGUCCGCAAACUCAUGAACUGUGGAGGGUUUGGAAUGGAAGCCACUUUACUGUUAGUUGUUGGUUUCUCACAUACCAAAGCUGUGGCCAUUUCUUUCCUUGUUCUCGCUGUUGGCUUCAGUGGAUUUGCAAUUUCAGGGUUCAACGUGAAUCAUCUUGACAUUGCUCCACGUUACGCCAGUAUCCUGAUGGGAAUCUCCAAUGGUGUGGGCACUUUGUCAGGAAUGGUGUGUCCUCUCAUUGUUGGAGCGAUGACCAAACACAAGACACGUGAGGAGUGGCAGUAUGUAUUUCUCAUUGCAUCACUGGUGCAUUAUGGGGGCGUGGUGUUUUAUGGGAUCUUUGCAUCAGGUGAGAAGCAGCCAUGGGCAGAUGCUGAGGAUACCAGUGAGGAGAAAUGUGGCAUUCUGGGAGAGGAUGAACUGGCCAAUGAAACAGAAGAGCUGUACAGGACUGGUGGACAGUAUGGAGCUAUAAACAACCCGCAUACUGUUGGUCCAAAUGGGGGCGGAGGUGGAAGUGGGGCAGGAUGGGUAACAGAUUGGGAUAAAACAGAAGAAUAUGUUCAACCAGUUGGGACAAAUAGUUAUUUAUAUGGAGGUGAGGGAGAGAGGGAGCUCACAUAGUAGGUGCAAGAGAUUUUAACAGGUGUAGAUAAUAAACAGUGAAUCGAGAAGUUAAAUGAAUAAUAUUAAGAUCAAAUAAAUAGACUAUAUAAAUAAAUACUCUAAAUAGUGAGUGAGUGAGUGAGUGAGUGAGUGAGUGAGUGAGUGAGUGAGUGAGUGAGUGAGUGAGUGAGUGAGUGAGUGAGUGAGUGAGUGAGUGAGUGUUGAAAAGAGUGUAUGUGUUUUUAAAGUUAUCAGAUUGGGUUGCUUAUUUUGAUCAUAAAUCACACUUUGUGUGUGUUUGCAGAUGAGAUAUUUAUUUGUCAGUUUGAAAAAACAGCAUUAUGAAAGUGAAAAGAUACUCAUGGCUUUAUUUGUGGUUCCUCAGAAGCCACACUGACAAAACCUUAUCAAAAAGUAAAGAUUUUCGGGCAGUUGUGCUAUAACGCCAAAAGAGUCCUUACAAUUUUUAAUCUGAGGAUCCCACAAAAAAUGCCUCAUGAAUCGUGGAUCUUUACAGUAAGUGGUGCUCUGUGAAUUAAUGGCUGUUGUAUGUUUAUAAACAUACAGUAUAUGAGCUUUUGUGUAUGUACAUGGUGAGUGUAUGUGCUUAUAUUUUUCUUGACUGUGCUCAUGUUCCUCUUGUUUUAUCCAGUGCUAAAUGUGACCAUGGAUCACAAAACCAGUCUUAAGUAGCACGGGAACAUUUUUAGUAAAAGACAAAAAUACAUUGUGUGGGUCAAAAUGAUCGAUUUUUCUUUUAUGCCAAAAAUCAUUAGGAUAUUAAGUAAAGAUCAUGUUCCGUGAAGAUAUUUUGUAAAUUUCCUACCUGAAAUAUAUCAAAACUUUAUUUUUGUGAGUGGAUGGUCUGCCACAGUGCCCCUGAUUAACAACUUCAAAGGCAAUUUUCUCAAUAUUUUGAUUUUUUUGCGCUCUCAGAUUCCUGAGUUUUAAACGGUUGUAUCUCAGCCAGAUAUUGUCCUAUUCUAACAACUCUUAUAUCUAUAGAAAGUUUAUUUAUUCAGCUUUGAGAUUAUGUAAAAAUAUCAAUUUCGAAAAAUUGACCCAUAAGACUGGUUUUGUUGUCCAGGGUCACAAAUGGGUGCAAGCAAACCUAUGGACGUGUCUUCAUAUAUUUGUGUACAUAGUGUGCUUAUUUGUGUGUAUGUGAGAUUAAAUGACCUAUUCCUCAUCACUGGGUCAGUGAACAAGUGAUGAUUUUUUGUUCUCUGAUGUACAAUGUUACUCAUACUAAAUACAAGCUUACAUGUGAUACACACAUGUGGUACACACAGGGUCCAUACAUCUGUAGCUUUGGUUGGUUUUAUGCACGUUGGAGGUUUAUGCUUUACCGCCAGGCAAACCCCAUACGAGUCCAAAUAUAUAUACAGACACAAUCACAGAAACAUCAGAAAAGCCAGGGGAUUUGCAAGAAUAAGUGCUGAGAAUCUAGACAAAAGAAAGUUGAGAAUGAGUAUUUAGAUUUUUCUCCCCUCUUAUAUGUCCAAUGAAAGACUAUUCAAUCAGAGAGCAUUAUAUGAGCUGAGGGAUCAGAUGACUCUUUCCUGUAAUUUUAUGUUUUUGUAUUUUGUUUCCACGUAUCUUUCCUAAAUAUUUAUAUGUUUUUGUUGAAAAUGUAAGAAAAUAUAAACAACAUCGAGAUGAGAUGCAUCACUUUUUUCCCAAAUGGAGAAAUAAAUUGAAAUAAUUUACAAAAUGUACAAAGUGUAUAUGUCAAAAUUCCUUGUGUACAAUAAAACAGAAAACUGUA